UCCCACAUCCGCUGCACUCUGGCGGAGAUUUCCCGCGAAGACUGGUGUGUAUGUAUGCAUGCCUGCAUGGAGUCACAGUGGAGUUAGCCUGCAUUAUGCAAGACUCCUGAAUCGUAUUUACUCGAAAUAAGUAUUAGAAAACAUUUGCAAAAUGGCGAAACAGAGCUCACUUUUCAACUUUUUUACGAAGUCACCGCCUGCCGUUGGUAAAAGUAAGCCAAAUCCAUCACCUGUCGAGGCUGACCUGCCGUCCUCGGUGCAGAACACAUCUCCCAAAGAAGAGGCCAAACAAGCCGCUAAAUCCCAUAAAAAGGCGGCGGCAAAGCCCAAGACAAAAUCCACUAAAACAGGCAUAAAUAAGUUGUUCGGGAACAAAACCCCUUCAAAUGUUGUUAAAGAAAGUCAGCCGCGCCCAUUCAGUGCUGGUGCUCUGGUGUGGACGAAGCUGGAAGGGCACCCCUGGUGGCCAUGCAUGGUGGUGCCCCAGCCUUCGAGCGGCCAACAGAUGCGGGGCAAAGGGCGACACCAGCGCCUCCAUGUCCACUUCUUUGACGAGCCCCCGACUCGAGGCUGGGUCAGCACCAAGUUUGUAAGAGAAUAUCAAGGUUCAAACAGCACCGAUGCCAAAUCGGGAGGCCUGUUCUUCAGUGGGAAGCCUGUGAUUCGCCGGGCUAUGGAGAUGGCAGACGACGCCAUGCCCAAAAGUACAGAGGAGAGACUGAAGAUGCCACUGUGCACCGAUCUGUCUGAUGAGGAAGACGACGAUGAGAUGGAGGUGGACAAGUCCACUCUGAGUGACGAGGCCGAGUCUGAGGAAGAGUCUGAGGAAGAGGAAGAGGAGGUGAACCCUGGCCGCCGCUCGUCCCGGGUGGCCGCUGAGAAGGGUCACAAGUCCAAACGGCGGCGCAUCGUGGUGGCCUCAGACAGCGGCGACUCCGACGAGGAGUUCAAGCCCAAUAAGGCCAACGCUAGCAGCGACGAAGACGAGGACGAGGAAGGCGUAGGCAGCGGGGUGGACGAGGCAGAGGAGGAGGAGGAAGAGGAGGAGGAGGAGAGCGAGCCCGAGACGGACCCCGAGAGCCCCGUCAAACCCGUGAAGCGCAAGCGUCCCGCCGAGAAGCCCGCCAAGGCCAAGCCCAUGACUCCGGCCCCCUCAGAGCCGCCCAAGAGAAACCUCUCCGCUGCGUCUUCUGUGUCGGCGAACACCAAGUCCAGACUCUCUGCCUUCUCGGCACCGGACGCCUUCGACAGCCAGACCGGCAGCGCCGGGGGAGUGGACGGCAGCGUGACCGUGUGGGACCACGAGAAACUGGACUGGCUGCAGGAAGGCAGGAGGAAGGACCGCCGGCGGAGGCGCCAGUCCGAGGAGGAGUACGACCCCACCACGCUGCACGUGCCCGACGACUUCCUGAACCGCUGCACGCCGGGCAUGCGCCGCUGGUGGGAGCUCAAGUCGGGGAUGUUCGACGCCGUCAUCUUCUACAAGGUGGGCAAGUUCUACGAGCUCUACCACAUGGACGCGGUGAUCGGCGUCAACGAGAUGGGCCUCACCUUCAUGAAGGGCGUCUGGGCGCACUCGGGCUUCCCCGAGAUCGGCUUCGGGCGCUUCUCGGACGUGCUGGUGCAGAAGGGCUACAAGGUGGCGCGCGUGGAGCAGACGGAGACGCCCGACAUGAUGGAGGUGCGCUGCAAGAGCAUGGCGCGGCCCACCAAGUUCGACCGCGUGGUCCGGCGCGAGGUGUGCCGCGUGAUCACGCGCGGCACGCAGACCUACAGCGUGCUGGACGGAGACCCGUCGGAGAGCCACAGCAAGUACCUGCUGAGCGUGAAGGAGCGGGCGGGCGAGGGGGAGGGCGGGGCCGCGGGCCUCUCUCACACCUACGGCGUGUGCUUCGUGGACACCUCCAUGGGGCGCUUCCACGUGGGACAGUUCCGGGACGACCGGCACUGCUCGCGCCUGCGCACGCUGGUGGCCCACUACGCCCCGGCGCAGGUGCUCUUCGAGAAGGGGAACCCGUCGGCCGAGACGCGCAAGGUCCUCAAGGCCUCGCUCUCGUCGGCCAUCCAGGAGGGGCUCAGCGCCGGCUCGCAGUUCUGGGACGCCCAGAAGACGCUUAAAACCCUGGCGGAGGAGGACUACUUCAAGGAGAGCGCAGAGAAGAGCGACGACGGCUCGGGAGGUGCGACGCUCCCUCUUACACUGAAAAGCAUGACCUCUGAGAGCGAUUCGUUGUGCCUUACGCCUAAAGAGGGGUACGAGCUCGCCCUCUCGGCCCUCGGAGGGUGCAUCUCUUAUCUGAAGAAGUGUCUGGUGGACCAAGAGCUGCUCUCCAUGGCCAACUUUGAGGAGUACGUUCCAGUGGACGUGGAGAUGGAGAAGUCGGAGGGACCAGGGUCCAGCUUUUUUGCCAAGACCCGCCAGAAGAUGGUCCUGGACGGGGUGACCUUGGCCAACCUGGAGAUUCUCCAGAACGGAUCCACCGGCGGUCUGGAAGGAAGUCUGCUGGAGCGCCUGGAUACGUGUCGCACGCCUUUCGGCAAGAGGCUCCUGAAACAGUGGCUCUGCGCUCCCCUGUGCAACCCCUCCUCCAUCCUGGACCGCCAGGACGCCGUGGAAGAUCUCAUGGCCAUUCCAGCCCAGGUGUCGGAGGUGACGGAGCUCUUCAAGAAGCUUCCCGACCUGGAAAGACUCCUGAGCAAGAUCCACAGCAUGGGCACUCCUCUGAAGGCACAAGACCACCCAGACAGCCGCGCCGUCAUGUACGAGGAGGUUGUCUACAGCAAGCGCAAGAUCGCCGACUUCCUGGCCGCGCUGGAAGGGUUCAGGGCCAUGCAGGAGAUCGUGUCCGUCCUGUCGGCCGUGACCGAGGGAUUCCGCUCCAAGCUUCUCCGGCAGGUGGUGGUUCUGAAGACGACGGAGGACGGCGAGGGCGAGGGACUCUUCCCAGACCUCUCCCCGGAGCUCAAGCGCUGGGACACGGCCUUCGAUCACCAGAAGGCUCGCAACACCGGGGUCAUAACCCCCAAGGCCGGCUUCGACCCGGAGUUCGACCAGGCCCUGGCGGAGAUCAAAGACUGCGAGAGGCACCUGCAGGAGUACCUGGACCGCCAGAAGAAGAGGCUCGGCUGCAGGACCCUGUCCUACUGGGGGACCGGCAAGAACCGCUUCCAGAUGGAGGUCCCAGACAGCGUGUCCGAGCGGAACGUUCCGGAGGAGUACGAGGUGAGGUCCACCAAGAAGGGCUGGAAGCGCUACGCCACCAGGGAGAUCGAGCGCUGGUUCUCGGAGAUGCAGGGCUGGGAGGAGAAGCGGGACGCGGCCCUCAGGGACUGCAUGAGGAGGCUCUUCUACAACUUCGACAAGAACUACAGAGACUGGCAGACAGCAGUGGAGUGCAUGUCUGUGCUUGAUGUGCUGCUGAGCUUGUCGCGGUACAGCCAGGCAGGAGAUGGACCCAUGGUCCGUCCGGAGGUGCUGCUCCCGGGGGGCCACCAGGACUCGCCCCCUUUCCUGGACCUGCGGGGGUCCCGGCACCCCUGCGUCACCAAGACCUUCUUCGGGGACGACUUCAUCCCCAACGACAUCUCCAUCGGCUGCCCAGGAGCGGAGGAGGACGAGGGCGAGGGCGAGGGCCGGGGCGGGGGGAAGGAGACGGCCACCUGUGUGCUGGUCACCGGGCCCAACAUGGGGGGGAAGUCCACCCUCAUGAGACAGUGUGGGCUGAUUGUGAUCCUGGCUCAGCUAGGCUGCCACGUCCCUGCGGAGUCCCUGCGCUUCACCCCCGUGGACCGAGUCUUCACCCGCCUGGGCGCCUCCGACCGCAUCAUGUCCGGGGAGAGCACCUUCUUCGUGGAGCUGAGUGAGACGGCCAGCAUCCUCCUGCACGGCACCAGACACUCUCUCGUGCUCCUCGAUGAGCUGGGCAGAGGCACAGCUACAUAUGAUGGCACAGCGAUCGCCAGUGCUGUGGUGAAAGAGCUGGCCGAGCGAAUCUGCUGCCGUACCCUCUUCUCCACUCACUACCACUCCCUGGUGGAGGAGCACGCCAAGGACCCCUCCGUCAGACUCGGACACAUGGCGUGCAUGGUGGAGAACGAGUGUGAGGACCCCAGCCAGGAGACCAUCACCUUCCUCUACAAGUUCGUCGGCGGUGCCUGCCCCAAGAGCUACGGCUUCAACGCCGCCCGGCUGGCCAGCCUCCCCGAGGCGGUCAUCCAGUCCGGCCACCGGAAGGCCAAGGAGUUCGAGAAGAGCACCGUCACCCUCCGGCUCUUCAGGAAGCUGUGUGCGUUUGCUGAGGAUCCCUCUGCUGGUCUGGAGCAGUUCGCCCCCCUUGUUGAGAUGAUGGCCAGUCUGUGAUGGAAGCGUCUUUGCUUUCCCAUCAGUUCUUUCCAAGUUUCUUUUUUCUUUUCUACUUCUCAUGUAUUAAACCAUUCACCACUACUGAAAUGAUCUAAUAAAGUUUAUUUUUAAAAAUGAAACACUUUCCUCUUUGCCUAGGAAAUUAAACCCUUUUUGAUUAAUACUAA